AUGGCUGCAUUGGGCAUCAUACUUUUCCGAGGUCCCGAGCACAAACGCACGCCACAGCAACAGACACAGGCUGCUGCUGGCAGAAAAUAUUUCAUCUUUGCCCAACAACAGGAUGUGAAUGAAUUUGAAUUAACUUCCGAUUAUGAAUAUAACGACUAUGACGGUGACGACGAUGCCAAUCGAAAUCUCAGUGAAUUGCGAACAAGAGAUAUGGACGAUAGAUUUCUUUACGAUGAAAAUAGCGAUGAUAAUUUUAUGGAAUGGAAUAAAUGUGAUAAUUAUCUAAGUCAACCGAGGGGUACGAAGAAAUAUUUGGAUACAACAUUUUUAAAGAAAUUCUUUCGCAAUCUUGUGCCAUAUGCCGCACCGAAAUUACAAAUGAAUUUCUAUUUAUUUAAACGUGGAUUUCCCGAUUGUGGUCGUGAAAUAAGUCUCUAUGAUGAUUCGAUAUAUACAUGUGGACUAAAUGCAUCACAUCCAACAAGAAUCAUAAUUCACGGUUGGAUGAGUCACUCUCGCGGAUCCUUUAACUUAGACGUUAAAAAUGCCUACCUGAAACGUGGCGAUUAUAAUGUCAUUGUUGCCGAUUGGAGUACAAAUGCUGCCAAUAUCAAUUAUUUUCGUGUUGUGAAAUUAAUCGAAAUAUUUGGAAGUCACUUGGCAAGAUUCACCCGCCAUCUCUAUGAAAAAGGACGCGUAAACUACAAUGACAUUUAUCUAAUCGGACAUUCGUUGGGAGCACAAAUUGCCGGAGCGGCAGGUAAACAAAGUUGGCCCAAUCGCUAUAACACCAUAUUUGCCUUAGAUCCUGCUGGACCCAAGUUCCGUAGACGCAGCACAGAAUUUCGUAUUGAUCCCACAGAUGCAAAGUACGUUGAGAGUAUUCAAACCAGCGGAAAUUUAGGUUUUAUGGAACCGACGGGAAACGCAACCUUCUAUCCAAAUUAUGGUAAAUAUCAGCGAAAAUGUUUCUAUGUUGGAUGUUCUCAUAUUCGUGCCUAUCGUAUGUUUGCCGAAUCGAUAACAUCGCCAGCUGGUUUUUGGGGUAUACGUUGUCGCAGCCGCAGCCCCAAAUGGGAUUGUGAUAGUAUGUCGGCUCGUGAAUAUCGUAUGGGUGGUGAACCAUCGCAGCCGAAAAGUGGUAUAUUUUAUGUAAAAACACGUUCGAAAGCUCCAUAUGCUUUAGGGAAGAUAUCCAUGGAGGACAUGAAUUAUCUGCCCACAGAUCUUCCGAAGAAUGUUUCUCUCAAACACCACAAGAUUGGCCCGAGUCUACUGGAC